CCCCACCACCACCGCUACCAAAACACACACACGUGGGAAACCAAAAACAAAAAAACAAAAAGAAAAAAAGGGUGAUGGCGUCCAACAAUAUUCUCCUCCUACUCGUUCUUAUCCCAUUCCUAACGGCCGAAUCAAAACUAACCCCCGACUACUACCACAAAACCUGCCCCCAAUUUUCCCAGAUCGUCCAGCAGGUCGUGGCCGACAAGCAGCUCGCCAUCCCCACCACCGCCGCCGGCACUCUCCGCGUCUUCUUCCACGACUGCAUAGUCGGCGGCUGCGACGCCUCCCUCCUCGUCUCCUCCUCUCCUUUCAACACCGCCGAGCGCGACAACUCUAUCAACCAGGCCCUCCCCGGGGACGCCUUCGACCUCAUCACCCGCGCCAAGACCCGCCUCGAGCUCGCCUGCCCGAGGACCGUAUCCUGCGCGGACAUCCUCGCGGAGGCCACCCGCGACCUCGUCUCCAUGGUCGGCGGCCCUUACUACCCCGUCCGCCUCGGCCGCAAGGACAGCCUCGACUCCCGCGCAGCCGACGUCCCCGGCCACGUCGCCCUCCCCAACAUGACCAUCUCCACCAUCAUCACCAUGUUCGAGGCCAAGGGGUUCACCGUCCAGGAGAUGGUUGCGCUCACGGGCGCCCACACCAUCGGCUUCUCCCACUGCUCCGAGUUCGCCGACCGCAUACUCGACGGGCAUGACGAUCCGAGCAUGAACCCGGAGUACGCGCGCGGGCUCAGGAAGCUUUGCGCGGGCUACCGUGCGGACCCGACUAUUGCGGCGUUUAAUGACCCAAUGAGCCCUGGAAGGUUCGACAAUACGUACUUUGUGAACCUGCAGAGAGGGAUGGGGCUGCUGGCGAGCGACCAGGCCAUGGCUACGGACCCGAGGACGAAGCCGUUUGUGGAUCUCUAUGCUAGAGAUGAGAAGGCGUUCUACGACGCGUUUGCGCAUGCCAUGGAGAAGGUGAGCGUGCAUAAUGUGAAGACGGGGAAGAAAGGGGAGGUUAGGCGUAGGUGUGAUGCCUUCAAUUCCAUGCACAUCUGAGCUUGGUUAAUCAAGGGGGAUUCGUUGGGUGUUCGCCUAUGGUGAUUGGUUUUAAUUAGUAUUGGAGAGGGGGAAAAACAAAAUUAUGAAAUUAUGAACAAAAAUAAUUAUAUGGGUUGAUAUACUUAUUCAGUUAUUUGUGUGAUGAUAUUGAUGUAUUGUGGAUUGGUAUUUUUUAUUUUUUCUUUAAAAGUUGUAUUUGUACUUUGAAUUGCA